CGUCCGAAGGACUCAUUCGCUCACCCACAGCCGCCGGCGCCGGCGCCUCUCUUCCACGGGCCCUCCCGCGACUCUGACGCCAGCGUCGUCAGCAGCCGCCCUUCCUCCGUCGGUCUCAGCCGCGCCUCCGCCGCCGCGGCCACUUUUGACCUCUACAAAGACCACCGCUACCAAGUCUCUGCUGUCGCCACCAUCGACGCCUAUCUCUCCUCCCACACCUCCAUCUCCCUCCACCUCCCUUUCCCCACCGCCAAAGACAUCACCCAAACCCUCUCCUUCCUCAUGUCCCGCCUUGAUUUCCCCACCACCAAGGUCGAUGAAGACCUUCCUCUCCUUCUCAAGAUACUAAAUUAUCCUUUCAAGCUCAACAAAUCCAUUCUCCGAUCGCCUGGGACCCCACACCAGUGGCCCACUUUUCUAGCCAUCAUCCACUGGCUC